AUGGAACCACAGGAUGGAGCGGUUCAUAGCCAAGCAGCGUCCACUGAUAGACAGGCAUCCAAGACACCCAGGGGUGCUAUCGGCCUGCCGCGGGAAGUCGUUGUAAUUAACGACGAGGCCAAGGGAAAUUCCGACCUGCGUGCGGACAGGGAGCAGUCCAUUACUAGUAAGCAUGUAGCUAGUGAUAGACUGCCUUCCCGUUCGUCUUCGGGUAUCUCUAGAGCCUCAUCUUCCGGUAUCGAGCAACCACGUCUACCACCUAACAAGUGCAGGCGUUACCGCCGUCGUCCCAACAACAAGGGCAUGGUGCGGGGCCAGUCGUCGACACAGAAGCUAACCGAGCUUAUGGCCCAACAACAGUCGCUCUUAGAGAGGUACGAACAGAGGUUGCAACGUACAUCUUCCGAACGACCCACGACCUUGCUGUACGCAAACGAAGCGUCGACUAGUCCACACAAACGGGAGCGUAUGGCACAAGGUAGGGAGGACAAUCCCACGUUUCGGAUCCAAGGCCGUUCACAACAGCACCAUGGCCUCGGGUACGAACCACCUGGGUCGGAAGGUCAACUCUCCGAGAAGGAAGAUACCUUGUCGUCUCUAGAGGAGGCUCCGUCAUUCCAAGAAUUCGCACGUGAGCAAGUGUUGGCUCAGCAAAACCCACAUGGAAAGGCGCUCAAGAAUAGGCAGGACCAGAUGAGCACAACCUAUCGCCAACAUCAACAACGACAGUCGUUCGAGAGGGAAGCCGCCAGUGAGCAUGUACGGACUCCCAACAACGUCGCUCACACCUCCACCCACACCGGUGAGUAUUGA